AUGACGAACCAACCAACAAGUUCAUCUCAACUUACUGAGAACAAGCAAUCCGAUGAAGACACCACGAUCAAUCUACCUACCUCUUUACUCACAGAAACGAGCCUCAGAGAGAUAUGUAAAACAUUAAGAUUAGAUCAAACUGGUUCGAGGGUAGCUUGUCUCGAUCGAAUCAAAUCAAAGUUGAAAGAAUCUAAUGGGCAUGUCAUGUUCAUGAAUGGGUGUCAAAUUCGACCACAGCAGAUUAUCUUCCACGCCCUCGUCGAAAAAGGUUCCAAAAACAAGGUGACAUGGCUUAAUUUCUUAGGUGGUGAUAUGAGGAUCAUAGCAUUGGCAUAUCAAGACAUCAUUCCAAGACACGCCCAAUAUGUAAAGAAGAUCUGGUGGAGAAUCUCCUUUUCAGAGAUGUGUUCAUACGAAGAUAAAAUGUGCAAAGACAUUCAGGAAGAGGAUUGGCAAUCAACAUGGGAUCCGAUACGAAGAUCUCAACUCUUACUUGAUAUCUUACUUGCUUGCCCUCGAAUCACCAAUCUUGAUAUCGAUAUCGAUAUGCCAGAGGAUCUCUCACCCAUCAACUUGGAGAUCUUAUGUCAAGGACGUGAAAUUGAGAUGAAUUUCAAUUCUGAGUAUGACUAUGACUAUGAUGAGGAGAUGUGGCGACAACAGGAGGAGGAGGAACUGAACGAGACAGAUUAA